GGCGGCGGCGGGGGCGGGCCGGGGGGAGCGCAGCGCCGCGGAGCCGCCGCCGGGGCAGCCCAGCGGGUCCGCCGGGAGCACCCGCGCGGCCCCCGCUCCGGGUGAGGGCAGCGGAGCGGGGCAUCGGCGGGGAGCGGUGCCGCCGGUGCCGCCACCAUGUCCGGGCGCGGCCACAACAAGCUGCCGACCACCGAGCGCAUCGUCAAGGCUGUCCCGUUCCCUCCCACGCAGCGGCUCACUCUGAAGGAGGUGUUUGAGGAUGGGAAACCGAGGCUCGACGUCCUCAAGAGCCACUUGGUGAAGGAAGGGCGGCUGGAGGAGGACGCGGCGCUGAAAAUCAUCAACGACGGCGCCGCCAUCCUGAGGCACGAGAAGACCAUGAUCGAGGUGGAGGCUCCAAUCACAGUGUGUGGUGACAUCCACGGGCAGUUCUUUGACCUGAUGAAGCUGUUUGAAGUGGGAGGAUCACCCAAUAACACCCGCUACCUCUUCCUGGGGGACUACGUGGACAGAGGCUACUUCAGUAUAGAGUGCGUGCUGUAUUUAUGGAGUUUAAAGAUAAAUCAUCCCAAAACGUUGUUCCUCCUUCGAGGGAACCACGAGUGCAGGCACCUCACAGAAUACUUCACCUUCAAGCAGGAAUGUCGAAUCAAGUACUCGGAGCGAGUGUACGACGCGUGCAUGGACACCUUCGACUGUCUUCCUCUCGCUGCCCUCCUCAACCAGCAAUUCCUGUGUGUGCACGGGGGCCUGUCCCCAGAAAUCACGUGUCUAGAUGACAUUAGGAAAUUAGACAGGUUCAAGGAGCCUCCAGCCUUUGGUCCCAUGUGUGACCUGCUGUGGUCGGAUCCCUCGGAGGAUUACGGCAACGAGAAAACCCUGGAGCAUUUUGCCCACAACACUGUCCGAGGCUGCUCCUAUUUCUACAGUUAUCCUGCAGUGUGUGAAUUUUUGCAGAACAAUAGUUUGUUAUCCGUAAUCCGAGCUCACGAAGCCCAGGACGCUGGGUACCGAAUGUACAGGAAGAGCCAGACCACGGGCUUUCCAUCAUUAAUCACAAUCUUCUCUGCACCAAAUUACUUAGAUGUCUAUAACAACAAGGCUGCUGUACUGAAGUACGAAAACAACGUCAUGAACAUCAGGCAGUUCAACUGUUCCCCUCACCCCUACUGGCUUCCAAACUUCAUGGAUGUCUUCACAUGGUCUUUGCCUUUUGUAGGGGAAAAGGUCACCGAGAUGCUCGUGAACAUCCUCAACAUCUGCUCCGACGACGAGCUGAUUUCGGAUGGCGACGAGACGUUGGAAGGUGGGACAACGGUGCGCAAGGAGAUCAUCAGGAAUAAGAUCAGAGCCAUUGGGAAGAUGGCACGGGUCUUCUCGGUUCUUCGGGAGGAGAGCGAGAGCGUGCUGACCCUCAAAGGCCUGACCCCCACAGGUACCCUGCCCCUGGGAGUGCUCUCGGGGGGGAGGCAGACCCUGCAGACCGCCACAGUAGAAGCGGUAGAGGCACGGGAAGCCAUCCGCGGCUUCUCCCCGCAGCACAAGAUCCGCAGCUUCGAGGAGGCGCGGGGGCUGGACCGCAUCAACGAGCGCAUGCCGCCGCGCAAGGAUUCGCUGCACUCGGACGGCCCCGUGAACUUGGUAACCUCGAACUCUGCGGACAAGAACGGCACGGGCAAGAAACCCCAGUAACGCUGCCAGCGCCCGGGGCUGCAGCGCCAGAGGAUCCAAAACUUCAUGAAUUUUAUUUAUUUAUUAUGGGGGUGGGGUGGGGGCAGGGGGAGAAACCAACUUCACCUGGAGGCACGUCCAUAAAUCCAGUCCGCAUCCGUUCUGUAAGAAAGCGACCAUUUUGUAAUUUUUUUUUUUAUUUAUGCUCAAUAUAUAUAAAAAUGUCCUUUUUUUUUUUUUUUUAAUUUAGAAACCAAUCCAACUGCUAGAGCAUCCCGGGAGUGUUGUGCUGUCCAGCUUUCCCCCCACCAAGAGGCCAAACCUCUGCCAGGGAGGGGCUGGAUUAAAAAACAAAAAUCAGUCAAACCAGGCAACUUGGGUCGUUGGCUUUGGCACAGUUUGGAGUUAGCCUGAGCUUUCCAAAGCAGGUCCUUCCCUUCAGGAUACGGUUGGGUUGGUUUUCCUUUACACACCUGUUUUCUUCCCAGAUUUUUCCUGUUGUUUUCUUCCACCCCUUGCCUACCUGCAGCUGCUGCUUUAGCAACCAGUUCCCUGGGAGGCAGAUUGCUGGGAUCCAUCCCUCUUUUCCAAGGUGACAGCCAGGGGUAGCUCCGGAGGGCUCCAGGGUUGUUCACACCAAUCCCAGCACCUUUUCCUUCAGGAUUUCAGCUUUAUCCCAGGGGAGUCCCAAAGGAAAACAGGGAGAAGGUGGGGGAAGUGCCGCCCCUUGUUGUGGCUCUUCUUCUUGGAGCAGCUUGUGCAGCAGAAUUCCCUUGGGAAUGCCUCUGAUUCAGAGCAGAGGAAUUAUCUCUGCUUUGCUGAUCCUUGGGAAAGCUGCAGGGCCUGAGUUUUGGAGGAAGAGGGGGUGAUUUACACCCCGGAGGAUGCAGCUCCCCCAUUCCCCACCAGCACAGCGCCCAGCCCACGGCACAUUCCCUGCUCCCAGCUCUGGAAUCAGCCCCUGCUGAGCAGUUUGGGGUGUGGGGGGCAGGGUGGUCCCCCAGUGUCACCUCCCUGUCCCCCAUCACCCCCCCUCGGCUGCUCCACAGGAGCCAGGGGCAGCUCAGCCUUUCCCGGCAGCUGGAGCAGGGGGUUGCUGAUAAAACUCUGCGAUAAGAUGGGUGUGGCACUGCUGGUUUUGGGAGAUGUGGCUCGGUGCUGGUGGCAGGGCAGCCCCUGCAUGGGGAGCAGGGAGGGCUUGGAAGGCAGAACCGAGGGGAUCUGGCAGGAAUUUUGGCAGGGUGUUCUGGACAGGGAUCCUGGGGGUUCCCCUGGGUGUUGUCAGGGAUUUUGGAGUGGGAGCUGAGCAUUGUGUCACUCUGAGCCUUCUUUCACUAAAUCUGGGAGUGCUGGGGAAGGGUUUUGGGGGAUUCCCGUGGGUCACUUCCCUUCCCAGCCGCAGCUCCUGGAGCACCCCUCCAGCCUUCCCUCUCCCCCUUCCCCGUGCUCUCUGCAGGCAGGGCUGAGCUCUCCCAGGGGAUCUUUGCCAAGGCUUUCCCUGCAUCUUGCUGUCUUGCCUCGGCGAUUCCAGCGCCGGAGGAAAACAGCAACUUCCCAGGAAGCUUUCAGAUUGUCUCACACGUCACCUAAUCCCACGGGGCUGUUUAGGAUUCUGUGAGCAGACCUCUGGGUUUCCACACUUUUCAGUCACAUGCCUCCACUUUCCCCUCUUUAUUUUUUUCCUCUUUGUUUUUUUUCCUUCUUUUUGGUUGUUUUUUUUCCCCCUUUGAUCCCAUUUUUUUUCCACGCCCACCGCUUUGCAAAAGUGCGAGAUGUUUGGAGCGAGCUUCUCUCCCCCCAGUCCGAGGAGUGGGGCCAAAUUGCCUUUUGUCUGUGAGUAUUUCUUUGUCCUUCAGGGCCUCCUGUGAGCGCGGUGAGCCCGUGUGUGGUACCCGGGCACACGGGCCGUGCCCGGGGCUGCCCGUGCAUGUUCGGGCGUGUUGUGCUGACCCAGGCUGGGAUCUCACCCAAGCAGCUGCCAGGUUUUAGUCGGGAUCUUUGGGAUGGGAAUUGCGGGACCCCGAGCCUGGCACCCCCUGCUCCCAGCGUGGGGGGGUCAGCAGGGCCCGGCCCAUCGCAGAGGGGGAUUUGCUUUGCUGGCAGUUUGUCCCCCCACCCUCUUCUCCUGCUCUGGCAUCACCAACUCCCCCUCCCCAAAAUCCUUUUUGGACCUUGUGCUUCGUGGUUUGGGGGCUCAGAUCCAACCCCCUAAUCCUUGGGGCUGCUGCAGCUGCAGCUUCCCAGUGUCCAGCCCUGGAAAAGGGCUGGAUGGUGGUUGUCCUGGAGAAGGUGGCCAAGGGGGGGGAUUUUGUCCCCCCUUAUCCCUGGGGCUGGUGGAGCUGCACCAUCCCAGCCUGGAGAUGGUGGCCAAGGGCUGGAAGUUAGUUGCCCAGCCCCAGAGAUGGUGGCCAGGGCUGGAUGUUGGUUGCCCCAGCCCCAGAGAUGGUGGCCAGGGCUGGAUGUUGGUUGCCCCAGCCCCAGAGAUGGUGGCCAGGGCUGGAUGUUGGUUGCCCAGCCCCAGAGAUGGUGGCCAAGGGCUGGAUGUUGGUUGCCCAGCCCCAGAGGUGGUGGCCAGGGCUGGAAGUUGCCCCCGUGUCCCUGUGGCACCGGCACGUGUGGAUGUCCCACUGCCAGGUCCCCUCUUCCCUUUGAAGCAGUUCCCGAGGGGGUGAGGAGCAGCGAUGGGGCUCUGGGUGCUAAUUACCCCCUCAAUUAACGCCCCCUCUCCCUGCCGGGCUUCCCCCGCCACAGCCCCAGCCGAGAUCCCCCCUCCCCUUUUUUUGGGGACAACUUCGGGGCAGAAUUCCCUGCCCCAAUCCCCACCACGGCAAACCAAAAAAACGAUCCAGAAACGCCCCCAAAUCGCCCCUUUUCCUCCUUUUCCCCCACAAAUCCAGCGCCUCGGAGCUGGGCUUGUCUCUGACCCCUCCUCUCCGAGCUCCCGCCCGUCCCUUCCCCUCCCCGGCUGCCACCUGGAGCUUGGACAACCGGGAUUGAGGGGAGCCCCCGCCCCGGGGGAGCCCCCAGAUCCAGGGAAAGCCCCCACCUCCCUGCAGCCUGGGUUUUUUUGCAUGUUCUAGCAAGGUGCAUGUCCAAGGAGGGGAGUCGGCAAUGGGGCGGGUGGUGGGUUGAGUCCAAGCUUAAUUUUCUUUUUGGGAUUGGGAGAACCCCUCUGGCUGCCUCUGGCACAGAUCCCACCUGGCCAGGGGAGCUGGCAGGGAUGCAGAUCCCACCAAACCUCGGCCAGGGAGGACCUGAAGCCCUCCAGGGGUGCAGUGAUGGUGAUUUUAGGGUUCUCGAUGCUGAAGGAUCAUACGCCCGUUGCCUGGAGACUGCCUCCUUUUUAAUUUUUAUUUUUAUUUCUUGCUUUUUUUUUGUUUUUAGUUCUGUUGAAAGGAGAAAAAAAAUGGUGAAAAUGUUAUUUAUUGGCAGAAAUUAUUUAAUAUAAUUUCUUUUUUUUUUUUUUUUGUGAAACAAGGAAUGAAUUUGUUAGAACUGUCUCGAUGUAAAUCGGAGUCAUCUUUAAGGAGGAAAAAAAAAAGAAAAAAAAAGUUAAAAAUUGACACAGUCA